UUAGCUCGAAAGUCAUCCUGUAUCUACUGUUCAUUCCAUCUUGAAUCGCAGCCGUUGCCCUAAGUUCUGAUAAGCAAAAGGCAAAGAAGAAAAUGGCUUAACUGUGUAAGAAGUCCCCUCAAAGCUGGUAUUUUUCAAAAGCAGUCAGAAAUGCGUUCUGUGUCAGAGCAGGCCGUCGGUGCCCAUGACAGAGGUAUCUCAGGCGCUUUGUAAAGCUGUCCGUGGCGCUUCCCCUUUCUCCAUCCCGCUGCUCUGGCUGCCCCAGCCCUGGUUUCGGUGUCACCGUAGUGUUUCCCAGAACCAGCACGUGACACUGACCCUCAACUUGGGACCUGGUGGGUGCCGAGGACGCCCCAACGAGCCCUCCUCUGCGGAGGCAGCUCCUGGGGCCAGGAGAGCUGCUGGCACUGAUGGCAGCGUUGUCAUUUGCAGGUGGAGUCGGAGCUGCAGAGGAAGCAUGUGGCGGAGGCUUGGGGUGAGCAGCUAAAUCAAAAAAACAAGCAAGAAGCAACUGAACUUGAAGAGCAAAAGCGUCAUGAAAAUGAGUAUGAGAUUGCACGAAGGGAAGUGCUGGAAAGAAUGAACCAAGAGGAAGAGAAGCGCCGGCUGGAAGAGAAGAAGCAAGCAGAGGUGUUGCUUCAACAAAUAGAAGAACUGAAAUUACAGGAGAUGGAGGCAACAAAGCUGAAAAAAGAACAAGAGGGUUUACUAAAGCAGCAGUGGGAGAUGGAGAACUUGGAAGAAGAAAGGAAACAAAUGGAAGAGCACCGGAAGAAGAGCAAGCUUGGUCGCUUUUUGAGGCAUCAGUGUAAUGCCCAGUUAAAGAGAAGAGCCCAGCAGAUACAAGAGGAGCUGGAGAUAGACAGGCAAAUCUUAUUAGCCCUCCUCGAGAAAGAAGAUGAGGAUCAGCACCAGCAGUCCGCGCGACGAGAGCAAGCUGUUGCAGAUGUUGCCUGGAUGAAACGUGUCAUUGAAGAACAGCUCCAGUUGGAAAAGGAGAGGGAAGCAGAGCUGCAGAUUAUUUUUAGAGAAGAAGCACAAAAACUGUGGGAGAAGAGGGAAGCAGAAUGGGAAAGGGAGAAAGCGGCCCGAGAUCGCCUGAUGAAGGAGGUCCUUGCGGGCAGACGGCGCCAGAUCCAAGAGAAGAUGGAGUUCAACAGACGAGCCCAGGAAGAGUCUGUGAAGUACCGAGAGCAGCUGAUUAAAGACCUGGAAGAGACGAAAGAACUGACCAGGCGAGAGAAAGAGCAGGAGGAGGAACUGAGAAGGGCCCGCGGGAAGGAGCUGGCGGCGCAGCUGACAGAGCACCACUUCCCGCAGCAGGAGGAGGAGCAGCGCCAGAGGGAGGAGGAAGAGGAGGCACGAUCCGCCCAGCAGCGCUGCCAGGAGGCCAGGCAUCUGGCGGAGCGCGGACAUGGCAGCAGGUGCUACAGUUACCCGAAAGCAGCGUGGACCUGAGGGUUCUUGUCCUCUGCGCCUGAGGAAUGAGGCUCCACGAAACAAACUCUGAAGAAUCAAGGAACUGAAAUAAUGGUGGGUUUGGAAUAGCCUACGACAACACCGAGACUCAGCUCAGGAGAUCUCUGAAAAGAUACCGCCGUGGCACAGCUGAACAGAAAAGCAAAUUUCUUCUGGGAGGUGAGAGCAGCCUUGGGGGAGCGAACUGCUUCAGCUACUCCGUGCUCAGGAGCGGGGACGAUGGAGUGUGGUAGACACUGCGUCGGGGCCACACAGCAAAAAAACUUUCAGGAGUUAAUUCAGAAUGUGUUGCCAAUCAGCGAGAUGGACGGUGUGUGCUGUGGCUGUAAUUCUUAAUGUUCAGUUCCUCGCCAGAAGCUGCUGAAGACUUUUUUUUUUUUUUAACUAGUUUCGUAAUUAGUAAUUUCAACCUGAACACCGCUUGUUUCUUUAUGAGCAAACUGCUGGAGGGGAGUUGCAGCUGAUUAUUGCACUUGAUUCCUUGCUUGGGUCCUGUCACAGCGUGCGAGGAGCCAUCGCAGAGACAGGCACAGCCUCAGCACCAACCACAGAAACCUCUUCCAAGAUCUCCUCCUUACAGAACCAGCAGUCAGCCAAGCCCAAAUAACUUUGCACACUGAAAAGGUUUUAGCAUUUUAUAGUAAUACUGUAAACAAAAGAUUAAGUCAAAAUAUUGUACAGACAGAACGACACUGAUAAAUACAAAUUUUGGAAAAAGGCAAAAAAAAUGUGUACUUUCCUAUGCAGCAUUUGGUAAAGAAAGAGCAAGUUUGUUUACAGGGGGAAAAGAGGAGAUCUAGCCCUAAAAGAGAAGAAACACCUUUGUUAUUUCAGGUAUUAGAAACCUGUUGCCCCCGUGUGAGCCGCGGGCUUGAGUUCUGCCGCGCAGGGCCCCUGUGAACAGCACCUCAGCGCGGGCUUGGGGUGCUGCCACCCCACCGACAGCGGCGGGGCAGGACAGGCGCCACCGUUCCGGGGCGAUGGCACGGCCGCUCCAUCCCCACCCUGAACGCCCCGCGGACUUGGGGCGACGGCAGGGGCACCCCGCGCGGGGCUGGUCCUGGUUUUAGAGCCAGGCCUUCCCCUAAGCUGAAGGGCUGGCUUUAGAGAAUCUGGAGGUGGUGCAGAACAAGGGCGCGCAGUCACCCGAGCGGCCGUUUGUUUUGGUACGGGGCAAGUUUAAAAAGCGCUGAUAACUCAGUGUUACCCUGCUCUGGAAACCAGGUGAGAUACGGUCAAGAACAGCAUACAAGGGCGUCCUGAGAGAUUUAAAAAUACCAUCCGCUGCCUUCCAGCGAUGCCAAUUUAAGGGAAAGUUCCCAGGUUAUCUAUGUUUUUAAUUGCCAGUAGCAUAAUUCCGUAGCAGGUUUUACAAGUGUCCUUCACAGUUCUAAUCCCAGCCUGUCGGCAUUCCCGGGCCUUUACAGACAGUUCUGGAAUUCAGAAGUGCAGAAAGGAAAUUACAAACCCUGCAGUGAAGAACAUUAAUUUACUGGCUUGUCAUCUACCCUCUCCCUUCCCUCAAACUUGCACUGCUUUAAAAAAGGACCUAAUGACAAGACAGAGGCAUCCCCCAGCGUUAUGGCACUUUGUGUGUAUAUGUACAUACAAACUCGCUGCGAUGUGAAGAGGGACCAACUGCUGAACUUCAGCUCGUUUGUUCACCUCAACAGGGCAGUUUUUCACCAGAAAGCCUUGAGGAGAGGGUGCUGUUGGCAGAGCAAGUGCUGCAGCCCUGCUUGCGGGGCAGUAGAUGGACAUUUCCACUCCAAGGUUUCUCUGAAACCUCCAUAAACAUUCUCUGCAGCCCCCUCGCCCUGCCUGGACGGGCAGCUCCCUGGAAACAACAACACACUUCCACACAGGACAUGGGCAAAGGCAAUAAUUAGUGAUUUUUUUUUUUUUUUGCCCCCCAACAAACUCUCAUUUUUGAAAAUACAGACUGAGACAUUUUUGGAAUUUUUUUGAACGGAUAUGAAUGAAAAAAACCUGAAACGCACAGUGACGUUUGUUACCCAUCCACCUUUCUGACAGGCAGCCUAGCGUGGGUUACCCCGUAGGUAGCUUGUAAAAUCUUGAGAGAUUUGCAUAAAACUUACUAGAUAGAAGAAAACCUUUUCACAUUUGGGUAUGCUGAGGUACAGAGGUUACGUGCGAUGGCAGACAGCUGCUUCCGCACUGGCACUGCUGAACUUCCUUUGUUGGUUUAAUGAUCACAGAAAUCUUUAGUGAAAUUGCAUCUGGAGUUACUGAGCGAUGCUGCUGCAAACAAGACGGUGCCUUGAAGACAGUAAAAUUCUGUAGGAAACUUAAGAAUGAAUUAUUAACUCAGAAACAAGGGAUAGUAUUUUAACCACUAAUGCCCUAAAGUAACAUCAAAACGUAUAUUAACGGCAUAGUGACAACUAAAAGAAAGAACUAUUAAGUUUCAAAUUCCUUCCAAAAUGGGUAAAGUGACAAAGACCUUGUAUAGUUACGUGUAAUAAGCUCGGAUGCCCACAACUACUACUGUUUCAGCAGACUAAAAACGCGUUAUUGCACAACAGUCGAUACGGGAACAGAGAAUAUUUGGCUUGUACUCCGUUACCAGGGCAACCACCUUCUUCCUGCUGGGUAGGGGUUACAGUCCUGGAGCCUUCGGAGCCCGCUGUGCUGCGGGUGGCCGGGUCGGUGGCCCCACGGCACACGAGGCUCCGGGCUGGCCAGAGGAGGGGCGAGGUCCUGCCCUCUGGUACGUGCCAACUUUUGCAAAGUGCUACCUGAAAGCGGCACGCGGCCCCCAAGGAAAGAGCCAGCAAGAGCUUGACACGACGCUGGGACGCGGUAUCGGCUCGACAGCUAUCUGCAACAUGCUAUGGUCUGUAACUAAACUGGCAACACAGGCACAAAAUAAGGCAGUGGGUUAAAUUAACCAUAAAAUUGUUAGAAAACAUGCAAAAAUAAUACUGAGUUU